GAAGCUGCUUCUUAGCAAAGCGCUAACAAAGAUUUGCGCUAACGGUAGCGGGCUAACUUACCCUAGCUCCAAAAGGUUGGAGAAUGAAAGGAGUGGCACAUUACGAAUAGUCCCCGAGUUCUCAGCGAACAUGGCAGCACAAGACGAGCUCAACCAGCUGGAGCGUGUGUUCCUGCGGUUGGGCCAUGCUGAGACAGAUGAGCAGCUGCAGGACAUCAUCUCUAAGUUCCUGCCGCCUGUGCUCCUAAAACUCUCCAGCGUCCAGGAGGGUGUCAGGAAAAAGGUGAUGGAGCUGUUAGUCCACCUGAACAAGCGCAUCAAGAGUCGGCCAAAGAUCCAGUUGCCAGUAGAGACGCUGCUAGUGCAGUACCAGGACCCUGCUGCAGCUUCCUUUGUCACCAACUUCACCAUCAUCUACAUCAAGAUGGGUUACCCACGGCUGGAGACUAGCAAGCAGUGUGAACUUGCCCCCACCCUGCUGACAGCCAUGGAGGGCAAGCCACAGCCACAGCAGGACAGUCUGAUGCACCUGCUGAUCCCCACUCUCUUCUACAUGAAGUACCCGAAAGACCCCUCCAAGCCCUCGCCCUUCCAGCUCUCAGAGAAGCCAAAGACCGCCCACCUGCUCUUGGAGUUCAUGCUGGACGUCCUCCUCAUGCCCUACGGGUUUGUGUUGAAUGAGCCCCCUUCCCGCCCAUCUCCUCCCUCCCCCCAGAGUGGGACUGCGGCGGGCACUGCAGGCCCAGGGGGUCCAGCGGGCGGGCAGGGUCUCCCCCAGCCGCCCCCCGGCAUGAGUGUGUACGCAGUGAAGCGGGUGAUCGGGGAGGUCCAGUGGAGCCCGGAGCAGCUGGAGCAGUGUAAGCUCGGAAUUGUGAAGUUCAUCGAGGCUGCACAACUGUGUGAAGUUGAGACGGUGAUUCAUCUGGUCGUCGCCUCCAGUGAUACUAGACAUGGCGUUGCCACGGCAGCAGACCUUGAGCUUAAGAGCAAGCAGAGCAUCAUUGAUUGGAACAAUCCUGUCAUCAUCAACAAGAUGUAUAAAGUCUACCUGGGAGACAUUCCCCUCAAGACCAAGGGAACAUCUCUGAAGCGGGAGCUGAAACAUGAGCCGGUGAGCACCAGGGUGAAGCUGAAGAUUCUGCCCCAUCUCCUGCGCUCACGCCUGGCAGCCGAGAGCUUCCCUGCCAACAUACAGGUGGUGUACGACGGCCUGUUUGGAGCGAACACCAAUAAUAAACUGCUGUCUCUAACUCUGCAAUUUGUGCAUCACAUCUGCAUGGUAUGUCCAGAUACUAAUAAGCCUUUGGGUCUGAUGCUGCUGAAUGGCCUCACUAAGCUCAUUAAUGAGUACAAGGAGGAUCCCAAGUUACUGUGUGUGGCAUAUUCGGCUGUUGGGAAGCUCUCAAGUCGAAUGCCCCAGCUCUUCACGAAGGACAUCGCUCUGGUGCAGCAGUUCUUUGAGUCAAUGUGUAAGGAAGAGGCAGAUGUGCGACUUGCCAUCCAGGAAGCACUGUCCAUGAUGGUGGCCGCCUAUGCUAACCUUCAGGGUGCGCUGCUCAAUCUGAUGGAGGCUCUGGUGGCUGCCUACAUAGCCAAGCCGGAGGUGCAGGUGAGGCAGGUAGCCAUGAAGUUUGCCAGCACCGUGUUCGCCUCGGACCACGUGCCCUCCAGAUACCUGCUGCUGCUUGCUGCUGGAGACCCGCGUGAGGAGGUGCAUGGUGAGGCCCAGCGUGUCUUGAGGGCUGUCCCGCACGAGCGCUCUGAGAAGGAGGGGGCCAAACCCCCCGUGCCCUCCUUCCCUGAGAUGGUGCGCUACAUCCAUGAGAAGGCUGCACAGAGGCUGAAAACUCCUGACAAAUACAUCGUGGGAACCACAGCUCUGCCCUUCAACCCCUCAGCAUUUGAAGAGAUCAUGAUGUAUCUGCGGAUGUGUUUGGCUCACAGCGCUGGGGCCACAGCAGUCUCCCAGAACAUGGUGGACAUGCAGGAUGACGCUCCUGCCAUCGGACGCUACAUCCUGUCCCUGAUCUCGGCCGAGCCGGCCCCCAAAGGAGACGAGGCCAAUCCUGUGCAGGUCUACAUGGAUCUUCUGCAGCAGCUGCUGACGGCUGUCGGAGCCAUUCCUGUGAUGUACUGCCUGCUGGAGGUGGUCUCUGUCUGCCCUCACAAACUCGCCCCCAAAUUCAUCGACAGAAUCGACUGGAUCCGGGGUAUGAUGAACAGCAGUAAGGAGGACAUGAGAGAGCUGGCGGCUCAGCUUUAUGCAGUGGUCAUCUCCACCAUGUCUGGCAACGAGCUCAAAAACGCCGUCCAGAACCUGGUCAAGAUUACCAAGGAUACCCACAGCCCAGAGGCUCAGCAUGCCGCCAUCUUGGCUCUUGGCUUCAUGGUCAGCAGGUACAUGAGCAGGAAGCGCCACCCGAAGUCUGGCAACACACCCAAUCAACAACAGCUCAUGGCUGCCACACCUGCUGAAGAUGACGAGCUCAUCGCCAGGGCCACCAAAACCAUUGGUUCCUUCAUGGACAGCAGCUCUCCGUUGCUGGCGGUGGCAGCGGUGACGGCCCUGGGGGAGGUGGGCCGUAACGGGGUGCUGCUGAUCCCCGCUGAGGGCGAGGGCUUCACCAAACUCAACCUGGUGGAUAACCUGCUGGCGCGCCUGCCCUCCGGGAAGGAGAGCACAAAGAUGAAGGAGCGUGCAGUGCAGACUUUGGGCUAUCUGCCAGUGGGAGACGGAGACUUCCCCCAUCAGAAGAAGCUGCUGCAGGGUCUCCUGGACUCAGUGGAGGCAAAGCAGGUGGAGCUGCAGUUUACAGUGGCAGAGGCCAUCACCAGCGCUGCCAUAGGAACCAGCUCAAGAGCCGCCCGCGACGCCUGGACCUGCACAGAGGAGGAAUACCAGCCACUCGACAAUAUGAAGUGUAACGAUGUGGUUCCAUGGGUCCUGAACUCCAUCCUGUCCAAGUCUGUGGGCAGUGCCAACCCACACGUGCGCCAGGCUGCCUGCAUCUGGCUGCUGUCCCUGGUCAGGAAGCUCAGCCAACACAAAGAGAUUAAGUCUCACUUGAAGGACAUCCAGACCGCCUUCAUCUCUGUGCUGUCAGACCCUGAUGAGCUGAGUCAGGAUGUGGCCUCUAAAGGCUUGGGGCUGGUGUAUGAACUUGGUGGAGAACAGGAUCAGCAAGAGCUGGUGUCCACACUGGUGGAGACACUGAUGACUGGGAAAAGAGCCAAGCAGACUGUCUCUGAGGACACAGAGGUCUUCCAGGGAGAGGCUCUGGGAAAGGCACCAGACGGACACGGUCUCACCACCUACAAGGAGCUGUGCUCACUGGCAAGUGAUCUCAACCAGCCCGACCUCGUCUACAAGUUCAUGAACCUGGCCAAUCACCACGCCAUGUGGAAUUCCAGAAAGGGAGCAGCGUUCGGCUUCAACAUCAUCGCUGCCAAGGCAGGAGAGCAGCUGGCCCCCUUCCUGCCCCAGCUGGUGCCACGCCUCUACAGGUACCAGUUUGACCCCAACGUGGGCAUCCGCCAGGCCAUGACCAGCAUCUGGGACGCGCUCGUCACCGACAAGACCACCGUUGAUAAAUAUGUGAAGGAGAUUCUGCAGGACGUCAUCUCAAACCUCACCAGUAACUUGUGGAGAGUCAGAGAGUCCAGCUGUCUGGCUCUGAAUGAUCUCAUCCGUGGGCGCCAGGCUGAGGACCUCAUCGAGUACUUGGCAGAGAUCUGGGAGACCCUGUUCAGAGUCUUGGAUGACAUUAAAGAGUCCGUGCGGAAGGCUGCUGAUUUGGCUUUAAAAACCCUCAGUAAGGUGUGUGUCCGUGUGUGUGAGUCAUCUGGAGCUGUGGCUCAGAGGAUAGCCGUGUUGCUGCCCACCCUGUUGGAGAAGGGCAUAGUGAGCAAUGUGACGGAGGUGCGCGCUCUCAGUAUCCAGACGCUGGUGAAGGUCAGUAAGACCGCAGGGAGCCGCCUUAAGCCGCAUGCGGCUCGUGUGAUCCCUGCUCUGCUGGAGGCUUUGAGCGUGCUGGAGCCACAGGUGCUCAACUACCUGAGCCUCAGGGCCACCGACCAGGAAAAGAGUGCCAUGGAUGCUGCUAGGCUGAGUGCAGCCAAAUCUUCCCCCAUGAUGGAGACGGUCAACAUGUGCUUGCAGCACCUAGACGCCCCUGUCCUGGGGGAGCUGGUGCCUAAGCUGUGUGACCUGCUGAAGAGUGGCGUGGGCCUGGGCACCAAGGGAGGCUGUGCCAGUGUCAUCAUGUCUCUAACUGUCCAGUGCCCUCAGGAUCUCACCCCAUACUCUGGUAAGCUGAUGGCCGCUCUGUUGAAUGGGAUCCAUGAUCGCAGUAGUGUGGUACAGAAAGCCUUCGCCUGUGCUAUAGGACACCUGGUCAGGACAGCGAAGGACAGCAGCAUUGAGAAGCUGCUGCAGAAGCUCAACACCUGGUACCUAGAGAAGGAAGAGCCGGUGUAUAAGUCGUCCUGCUGCCUGACCAUCCACUCCAUCAGCCACUACAGUCCGGAUGUGUUGAAGCGCCACGCAGGGCUGGCUCUGCCCCUGGCCUUCCUGGGCAUGCACCAGGUGACGGAGGAGGACCAGACUGAGAACAGCCCUGCCAGCCUGUGGGGCGAGGUGUGGCAGGACCAUGUGCCAGGCAGUUUUGGUGGCAUCAGGCUGUACAUGACUGAGCUCAUAGCUAUUACUCAAAAGGCCUUACAGUCCCAGUCAUGGAAGAUGAAGGCACAGGGUGCUGCAGCCAUGGCAACGGUUGCCAAGCAGCAGACGGGGUCGUUGGUUGCACCCCAUCUGGGCAUGAUUCUGACUGCUCUGAUGCAGGGGCUGGCUGGCCGCACCUGGGCCGGGAAAGAGGAGCUCCUGAAGGCCAUAGCAUCAGUGGUGACCAAAUGCAGUGGUGAGCUCCAGAAGCCUGUGGCUGGCCAGCCGAGUGUGAACGAGCUGGUGGAGUGUGUGCUGCGUGAGAGUCGUAAGGAGAGCAUGGUCUACAAACUGGCCGCUCUGCGUGCCACUGGAGAAAUCCUGGAGGCCACACAGACUGACCGCUUCACUGAGCUCAGCCUGAUUGUCUUCCCCAUCAUCAAAAAGAAUCGACCAGCGGGUGCGUUAUCUAAGAGGAGAAAUAAUGAGGAUGAUGAUGACGACGAUGAGAAGCAGCGAGAGCUGCAGAUGGAGUCGCUCCUCUGUGCGUUUGACACCGUGGGCAAAGCCUGGCCACGGAACCCACAGACGCAGGGUCAGUAUCAACUCGAGGUGUGUGCACUGAUGUGUGAGCGGCUGCAGCUCAGUACCUGGAAGGUGCAGCUAGGGGUGCUGCAGGCGAUGAAGGCCUUCUUUAAAGGGUUAUUGUUGUUGGAGAACGACCAUCAAGACUUCACUGUCUUGUCUCAGAUGUUGUCUGAGACCUCAAUGGCGCUUUCCUGUCCCCUCGAAAACAAGAGUUACUCCUCUGUGAGGUCUGAGGCCUUGACCGUUGUGGAACUGCUUGUUAAAAAGAUCACCGAGAGUGGCCAGUGGGAGUCUAUGUCCGAGAAGAGCCGUGGUCAGCUGCAACGGUCACUGGCCACCAUGGAGAUGGACAGUCGUCCUGAGUUACGGGAGAAAGCACAGGAGCUUCGCCGGAACAUUCAGGGCCAAACCUGAGUUCUGGAAGUUUCUACACCGCCAGCACAUGCUCCUGAGCCACUCAUGAAAUCCCAGAGGGCCAUCGCUACACACACACCACACACACACACACACACACACACACACACACACACACACACCUACACCUACACCUACACCUUCUACCUUUACAUAUUUCCACAGUGAUCAGAAGCAUUUUCAGCUCAAAACACGUGAUAAUCCAUCCUAUCCUCUGUUGUAGUCUUUUCCCCACCUCUUUUGCCCAGAAACCAUACUGGACAUUUUGGACUGCUCAAGUCAGUGGGCUCACUGACUGUUUCUCCGUUUGUGAUUUGCAGUGGUCUAAACAGCUCCCAAGUUUGUUAGCCCUCUUAACCCUGUGCGAAAGAGCAUUGUGUUUCUCUGAAGCCAGGGGGACUACAUUUUGUAUUAUGAAUUAAUUGUCAUUAUUAUUAAUCUUAUUAAUGUUUGGCUAUGGAUCAGAAGGUCUAUCCUCAUGGGAAGCGUGUGUGUGUGUGUGUGUGUUGUGGGAUCUCUGCUCAGCUGGGCGCUCUGGUCUCUGUGCUGGCUGGCCUUUGUGCUGCCUGCAGUGACCUCUACUGCUACUGCUGCAUCACACUGAUGCAGACGAGAGAAAGAGGAGGGGCAAGGCAGGACAGGGUGUUGUCCAAAUGGACACCAAUUCAAAGGGACUUAAAAAAGUUUUAGAGAGGCCUUUUUACAGAACAGAUAGAGAGCUGACCAUACACUGGAUUUCACAAGUAUAUUUCCAAACCUUCAUUACGUGGCUGUUUGUAAACGGCUGUUAUUGAUGAAGCUGUCAUGUAACAGUGUGGGGGGUAAGUCACAUUAAAAAGAAGAGAGCCAAUAUCAAGGCUGGGGAAGGUUUUGAAUUGAACAGAUGCUUUUAACUUACUGAAGCGCUUGGCGUGGCAUUUGAAUAGAUAAUCUCACGUUUGCAUGGCUCCAGGUGUGACGUCUAUUUUCAGAAAGUGUAAUGAAUAGGUUCGACUGAAGAUCUGGUGGGAGGCAUGCACCUUUGGGGUUUGCCCAAAUAUAAAUUGUCCCUUAAAAUGAAAACAAUAAAACUCUUCAUUGUGAGAAA